GCUCGCGAACACAAUGUGACUAUACUUUCUUUGUGCCCCAUUCAACACACAAACUUCAACCGUUGGAUCAGGCUUUUAUAGGACCUUUUAAGAAGUACUAUAAUGACGAAAUAAGACGAUUUAUGCGUGAACAGGGCAGAAAAGUUACACAUUUUGAUAUCGCAGGACUAUUUACUAAGGCUUAUUUGAGGGUUCAAACUGGACAAAUUGCAAUAAAUGGUUUUAAAGCCACGGGAAUUUAUCCGUUUGAUAAACAUAUUUUCACAGAUGCAGAUUUUAUAGCUGGGAACUCAUCAUCAUCAGAGGAUCCAGUUGAAACUAUAAAUUCAACGACAGAAGAAACCCCAAGCGCAUCAGCCAUGGAAAUUGAGCCUGAAAUUCAAGCAAGCACAAGCCGAAGACUCGUUACUCCCUGGGAAAUAUCUCCACCACCAAAGCUACGAGAUCCACCACCUAAUCGGAAAGGCCGGAAAACAAAGGCAACUGUUUUAACAACUUCGCCUUAUAAGUGUAAUUUGUUACAGAGCAUUGAAAGCAUUAACAUUAAUCCAUCCCCAAAACCCUCUAAUAAAAAAAAUAUUUCUACCAAAUCGUUUGUUGACUCGCAUUCAAGUGACAGUGAAGAGGAGUUUCCAGAUGUUCCACCAACAAAAGAAUCGUCUUGCAACUACUGUGGCAAAAUUUAUGGGCAGGAUAUAAUAAUGAAGCCUUGGACCUCUUGUCUGCAAUGCGAACAAAUUUGGGCCCACGAAAAGUGUAUUCCCAAUCGAAGUGCUAUUUUUCUUUGCGAUUCUUGUAAGUAAUAUUGUAAGUAAUACUCUUACAAGUGCUAUGAAUUUUAUUGUUGCGUUUUUUGUCAAUUGAAGCUUAAAAUAUUUUUGUUCAAUAUGUUUUAAUUCAGUUCAUAUUCC